GCCUCUUCACUGUGUUGUACACUGUGAUUGAUGGCGGCGGACGGGAAAAAGAUGAAGUCCGUACAGUCGUCGAUUUGGGCGGAUUGUAAAAUGUGUAAACUUGUUGUGAUUGUGUUGUGUCUCGGAUCUCUACCUCACAUCUCUAACGGACAGACUGAACUAGAAAAUCUUCCAAGUUCCGCGUGCUAUAAUGCACAGGGCAACGCUCAAAGAUGCAUGCCCGUUUUUGUGAACGCUGCUUUUAGUAAAACUGUUGAGGCCACAAACACGUGUGGUCUUACAAGACCCAUAGAAUACUGUCUCCAGACGGGGGUCACGGGGGUGAGGAAGCAGUGCCAAAUCUGUGACGCCAAGAGACCGGGGUACAGCCACCCCCCCGAGUUUAUGACGGAUUUUAAUAACAAUCAUAACUGGACAUGGUGGCAAUCGGACACCAUGUUAGAAGGAAUUCAGUACCCUGUAGUAGUCAACUUAACACUGAAUUUAAAAAAAGCCUAUGAUGUUACCUACGUCAGACUGCGGUUUCAUUCUCCGAGACCAGAGAGUUUCGCUAUCUACAAGAAAACGACGGAGGAUGGCGAAUGGAUUCCGUACCAGUUUUACAGUGCUUCCUGUGAAAGAACCUACGGAUUAGAACAUCGUGGAAUCAUCACAUCCGACAACGAAGAUCAGCCUGUCUGUACCGACGAAUACAGCAACAUCUCGCCUCUGACGGGUGGAAGCGUGGCCUUUAGUACUCUGGAGGGAAGACCCAGCGCCUUUAACUUUGAGAGCAGUCCUCUGCUUCAGGAAUGGGUAACAGCCACGGCCAUUCGAAUCUCCUUGACGCGCAUGAAUACCUUUGGUGAUGAGGUAUUUGGAGAUGCACGAGUCUUAAAGUCCUACUUCUUUGCCAUCUCAGAUUUAUCAGUUGGAGCCAGGUGCAAGUGCAAUGGCCAUGCCCAAGAGUGUUACCUAGGUCAGGGUCCCGCCCCAGACUUUGAGAGGCGAGAACAGUGUAGGUGUCGGCACAAUACCGAUGGAGCCAACUGUGAGAAGUGUCUCCCCAUGUACAACGACAAGCCCUGGGCUAGGGCCACAGAAACCAGUGCCUAUGAAUGCAAACGUUGUGAGUGUAACAACAAGGCUGACCGUUGUUAUUUCGAUGAGGACCUCUACCAGACAACAGGAAGGGGAGGUCACUGCAUCGACUGCAGGGACAACACAGACGGACCUCACUGUGAGAGGUGCAAGGACAACCACUACCUCAAGCCCGACGACCGGAGGUGUACUCCCUGUGAAUGUAAUCCCACAGGUUCUGAGAAUCUUCAGUGUGAUGCUGGUGGUCGCUGUCAGUGUAAGCCAGGAGUCGCUGGGGACAAGUGUGAUCGGUGUGAAAACAACUACUUUGACUUUGGACAAGCGGGAUGCAGGCCAUGUGGAUGUAACCCCAUUGGAAGCUUGGAUAACUUUGCCAGAUGCAAUCCUGUGGAUGGUACUUGUAUGUGCAAGGAGAAUGUAGAUGGCCGCACCUGUGACAGGUGUAAGCUGGGUUACUUUGCACUGAGGGAGGACGACCCCAAGGGUUGUAUCCCCUGCUUCUGUUAUGGUCAUUCCUCUGACUGCUCAAGUGCUGUAGGGUACUACGCUACCAGCAUCAUCUCGGACUUUGAAACAGGAAAACAAAGAUGGACAGCAGCAGACAGAGCUAACAAUAUUAUAGAAACGCAGUACAAUGGAGUGUCACAGAGCUUGGGUGUGUCUGCUUCAGGCCCCGCACAGGUCUACUUUGUUGCUCCAGCUCGUUACUUGGGUGACCAGAGAUUCAGCUACAACCAGUUUCUGACCUUUGAUCUAAGAAUAGGGGAAGACGACUCCAGGCCCUCGGUCAUUGACAUCAUUUUCGAGGGAUCCGGACAGAGGUUCUCCUCCGCAAUCUUUGUGCAGGGAAAUGACAAGCCCUCCGUACAGACCAAGUCCUUUAGGUACAGGUUGAACGAGAGGCAAGAGUCCCAGUGGGUCCCCCGACUCAACUCUCAGGCCUUCAUCUCCAUUCUGGCCAACCUGACAGGACUCAAGAUCAGGGCCACCUACAACAAUCAAGGAGUUGGAUUCAUUGACAAUAUCAAGUUGGACACAGCCAGACCUGGGUCUAAUGUAGGAGACCCUGCCACCUGGGUGGAGCAGUGUACCUGUCCUGAGGGAUUUGUGGGUCAGUUCUGUGAGUCCUGUGCGGGGGGAUACAAGAGAGACCCUCCCAACAGUGGUUCCUUCUCCUCCUGUGUGCCCUGCCAAUGUUUUGGACAUUCUGACAGUUGCGACCCAGAUUCAGGAAGGUGUAUCUGUCAACACAAUACCGAGGGAGACUUCUGUGAGAGGUGUAUCUCUGGUUACUAUGGUAACCCUAAAAAUGGCUCCGAGUUUGACUGUAAGCCCUGCCCCUGCCCUGAUGGUGGCCCCUGUGCACAGCUGCAUAACGGGGACGUCGUGUGUACUGACUGUAAGGAGGGGCACGGUGGAAAUCUUUGUGACAUUUGUUUGGAUGGUUACCAUGGUAAUCCUAAGGGAGGUCCAGGAAUCCAUCAGGACUACCAGGCGUGCCAGAAAUGCUCCUGUAAUGAUAACAUUGAUCCCAAUGCUAUCAGAAAUUGUGACUCAAAAACUGGAGAGUGCUUAAAGUGCAUCUACAAUACUGAUGGAUUUUACUGCGAGAAAUGUUUACCAGAUUACUACGGUGAUGCCCUGGCCAUGCCAAAAGGAAAUUGCACAGCCUGUAAUUGCUACCCCCCGGGAACUCAGCCAAUCAACGGCCUGUCCUGUGACCCUAAGAAUGGACAGUGUACCUGUCAGGACCACGUGGUGGGUCUCCAGUGUGACACCUGUGAAGCCGGCUACUGGAACAUCAACACCGGAACAGGCUGUGAGGACUGUUACUGUGAUGUUAUGGGGUCACUGAGCGAUGUCUGUGACCAGGUCACCGGUCAGUGCCAGUGUCGUCCAGGCGUGACAGGACUCAAGUGUGACCAGUGUCAGCCCAAUCACUAUGGGUUUUCCAACACUGGAUGCACAGCCUGUAACUGCGACCCUGAGGGUUCGGUCAGCUUGCAGUGUGACACCAAUGGUAACUGUCCUUGCCGUACCAACAUAGAGGGCAAGCACUGUGACAGGUGUAUGGAGAACAAGUACAACAUUACAGCCGGGUGCAUAGAGUGUCCACCAUGCUACAGACUGGUACAAACUCAUGUCAACAUCCACAGAGGAAAACUGCGGGAUCUGGAGAACUUGAUCGUCAACAUCGGCAACAACCCUGCAGCAUUCAACGACACCCAGUUCUUGGUGUACAUGAACCAGGUCAACGACUCUGUUGUCAUGUUGUUGGACGAGGCAAGGGGUGCUAUCAGUGAUGAUGGAUCAAUGGGCAAGCAGUUAUCCGCACUCAGAUCUUCAAUCAGGGAUGUAAUGAUCAAGUCGAACGAGAUCACCAACAACAUCCGCAGCGCUGAGAGCAUGGCAAGCAACAGUCUGGUGGAUGUUGACCGGGCAAAAGAAGCGAUCCGGCGGGCAGAGUCCUCACUACAGGCCGCGGAGCAGUACAUCGACACCCAGGGACGGGAGGCCCUACAGAAGGCAGAGGAUGCACUGAGGCAGCACGGAGUCCAGUCCAAACAGAUGACAGAGAUAGCCAACGAAGCCAAGAUGGAGGCUGAGAGACAAAGAAAGGAAGCAGAAAGAAUAGAAAUGUUGGCCAAGAAUGCUUUGAAUACAUCUCUGGAAGCCAAGCGUCUGGCUGAGGAAACACUGGCCAUGCCUGAUGAAGCAGACAGGGAAAUUCAGAUGCUGCGACAAAAGUACUCUGAAGCAGAUACUUUAUACAACCAGACCAGGGCACUGGCAGAUAAGGCGAGAGAGAGGGCAAAGGAGGCCUACAAGGUGGCCCUGAAACUGUACACCGAGGCCACCUCCAUUCAGCUGCCAGUGUUCGAUCUCGACGUGCUGGACGGCAACACUGAGAGAAUUAAAACAUCGGCUGCAGACAUAAAGAAGGAGGCACAAAGACUAAUGCAGGAAAAUGCUAAACUCCUCAAUGAUACCAUCAACCAGAGGUCGGAGGCCGAGGGAUUACUGGAUUCUGGAAUCAAGAACCAGCAGAAAGUGGAUGAGUUGUUAGCAGAGGUGGAUGUGGCGAGAACAUUGGCCAGGGAGGCAGUAGCCAGGGCAGAGAAAACCUUGGCAGAGGCCAACGAGACUCUGCAGAUUUUACUAGGAUUCAAUAAACAAGUAGAAGAGAGCAAAGGAAAGGCACAAGAUGCCAUACAGAAAAUCCCAGACAUUGAGAACCUGAUCAAACGAGCUGAGAACAAGACUCAGGAGGCUCGAGAUGCAUUGAGUGGUGCCGAAUCUGAUGCUAAUGAAGCUCUUUCAUUGGCUCAGCUUGCUCAAGUGACUGCCACAAAUGCUUCUAUGGAAGCCAGCAGAAUUCGCCAGGAUGCAGAAUCCACUAAAGUUAGAUCCACAAGUCUCAAGGACCAGGCGGACAUGCUGUUCAACGAGAUGUCUCUCACGGAGCAGGAGCUGGCUAAAUACGAGAACCAGGCCACCAUAGAUUCACAGCUAGCAGCAGAUGCGCUUGGAAAAGUAGAUGGAGCAAAGAAUACAGCAAAGAAGGUGUCGGAUGAUGUGACUAAAGCAUUAGAGACUGUUACCAACAUUUCCACCCUGUUAGGUCAAUUAGUGAAUGUUGAUGUGAACAAACUGGAUGAUUUGGAGAGAGAGCUGGAUGAGGCAGAAAAGGAGUUGAUGGGAACGGACCUACAAGAUCAGUACAGUCGGUUAGAGAUGGCCAACGACAAGAUCCUACAGUUAGUGGCCCAGUACGAGGACGAUUUAGCUUAUUUGAGAAAGGAGGUAGACAAUAUACAAGAAAUCAAAGAAUCUCUACCUGAUGGGUGCUUUAAAAACAUAGGAAUUGAAAAUCCUGGUUCCCAAUAGUGAAUGGAUAUUUAGCAAGAAAACCCGGUAGUUUUAACGUUUUAUUAUACCACAGAUAUUUUGUAUAGAGUAGUCACAUACUGGUCCUAUGUGAUUAUGGAACUUUAUGGAAUUUUUUAAUUUUUUUUUUUCUGAACAAAUAUGUAAAAUGUAGAUGAUUUUUUAUUGUCAGCAUGUUAAUACUCAAUGAUUGUUUGUAUGUAAUGUUGAAGGCAUGCCUGUUACAUGGGCAAGUGUGUGUUAUAGUAUAGAGAGGGUAAACCUCGAACUUUAAUAGGACAAGCAUUGUCAAUUUCAGCCAGAGAAAUUAGCAAGGAUUGGGCAUUUGUGUAAGAGGAAUGAUUUAUGUGGGUUUGCAGCUGUCAAAAAAAAAGAAAAGAAAAAAUUGAUCAAAAUUUUUAUACAUGUACAGUGGGUACAUCAGCAAAUUUUAACCAAAAAAUUCUCAUUUUGAACAAAUUGUUAUUUACAUUUCAAAGUUCCUGUUGUGAUACAUGUAUUUCAUAGGCUCCCAUGGAGUGAAUUCACAUCAGUUCAAAGCUUGAUGGUGAUGUGUCAAAUUGAAUCUGUUGUUGGAAAUUUUUUGACUCUCAAGUUUUACCUCAUUUUUACACCUCAAUGUAUUGGAAUUGUGAUAACAAACAAACAGGUUGUUAUUUUUAAAACAAGUUUUUCCAAGUUUGAAAAAAAAGGACAAAAUAGGUUGAUCAAAUUACUUUCCCAGUUUUGAUAUUUGUUUUUUACCAUGAACUUUAGCAUAUUGUGUAUCUCAUGUAUAUUAGUGACAAUUUAGAUAAAUGUACAUAGUAUUUUUUAUUGGAUGCAUAUUAAAGAUUUUCAUAGUAUGAAAAUACAUAUACAUGUAAUUUUUGCAUGGACAUUGUUUUUUUUAAUCCUUUCAUAAGUGUAAAAUCAUUUUGUCAGAAUAUCUAAACGAGCAUUAUGUAUAGUGUCUUCGAUGUAUGUCAUACUUCAUGAGUAUUAUUGACCUGUGUAUCACGUGAACUUGCUUUAUAUAUGAAUAUACCUGUAUGUAUAUGUUUACCAUCUUUAUUAUUGCAGUUGGGCAGAAACUCUAAAGUUACUGACUGCUCAUCACUUUAAAAUAGAAUAUGUCAUAAUGAUAUGAAGGUAAUUGUUAAAAAAAAAAAUGUAACCUUGUCUGCUCUUUUUGGAAAGAAGGUAAAUAUUUCUCUCUUCAUUAUUGUUUAUUUGGUAAGGGAAGACAACUUUUGUAUUAGAAUAGCAAAAUGUAAAUCCAUGCAAUAUACAUUGUCCUUCCGUUAGUCUUACCCAAUAGUGAAUCUAGCUUGACUAAAUGGCAUUUUGGGGGAUCAUCAAUGAAAUAACCCCUCUGUUAAAGUUUAUGUAGAAAUUUGAAAGCAUGGUGCUAUUAAAAUAUACCCAUCCAGCUUACAAUUCAAUUUUUCUUUUGUUGGUAUUAUGGAGAAUUUCUUUGUCAUUUGUUUAAUAAAUUAUAGAUUUAGGGUUGUAAUUGUCCAGAGAUCUGAAUCUGUGUGUCUUAAUUAUUAAAUUAUUUCUACUAGGUUUUUGUUUCAAUAGAAAAUCCAUCCAUUACAAAGCAUAUGUGAUGUCAGGUAGCCAAUGUAAACUAUGUGUGUGUUUACUAAUCUUAUAAUUCUACUUAUUCAUACAAUUAGUUCUUUCAAAAUCAAAAAAUUCUUGCCUAUUAAUGAUAUACAUGUAUAAUUUUUCUCUUACCGUAUGUCCUAUUAACGAAAUUUCAAGGAAAUGGUUGAACCUCUACAUGUGCCUUUUAAUUUUUGUGCCAAAUGUUUUUUCUUGUACUAGAUACAGCAAAAUUUUUAACAUGUAGUGGGUAAUGAUUUCACUGAAUUUGUAAAAUGUACUGAGGAAGUACUAGUGUGAGAAGGUCCCUUUCUUUGUCAAUAUUGUCUUUCUACAAUAAACCAGAUUUUCCAAAAACUU